AUGGGUCAAGAGGAGUGCAGAAGAGCUGUGGGCCUCUGCUGCCCUUACCUGGGGCUCAGGAGGGUGCAGGGAGUCCUGGCCUUUUAUGUGCAGGGGUCAGGAGAGGUGCGGGUCAACGUUCUGCUGAGAGACCUUUGCAGGCACUUGGUCAAAGAAAAACCGGCACUCCUGGAGGGUCUGUGCUACAGGACCAGGAGGUACUACACCAGCUCCUGGCCAGAGAUCCGGGCAGCAGCAAUACAUUUUACCGGCAUCAUGCUGGAGUACAGCAGCCCAGGGACUACCAGGUGGCUGAACAUCGCCCACUUGCAGAGCUGUAAGUCAGAAAUCCAGCCCCUGCCCUUCCCUUCUGGAGCCCAGAAGGAGCCGAGAGGCUGCAGGACCCCGAGAGACCGCACGUCUGCAUGCAUCGUGCACUGCCCACCCCACAUCACUCCUGAGCCCCGAUGCCCAGGGAUGACCCGCCUGUGGCGCUGCUAGCACGAGUGGUCUGUUCAUGAACGUCUCCUCUCU